AUGGAGAUGGGGAGCUUCCCACCCGCUGUGGGCAUGGACCACCACUAUCAAUAUGGAUACCUCAAUCACAACCCUUUCCAGCAGCAACAAGUUCAGCUUCAACAACAACCACAACCACCGGCAUCUCGCCUCUCCCGUAAGCGCAAACCAGAUGCCCCCCCAGAGAACAACGAGCGCCUCUCCAAGCGCAUGAGCCUGCUGAAUCUCGAACACUCUGGACCCAAACUCUACGUCCCCGUUGAACAAGGUGACAGCCACAACCAAUCCUUACCCGAUCUCAAUGCCAUCCAUCAUCAACAACAACUCCAAUCCCAGCGCCGUAGCCAUGGCCACCACAAACACACCCCCAUGGAUGACUCCAUGAUGCAGCUCGACGACACAAAGCACAAAGUCUACAUUUACAACCUCGACGACGAGCUCUCCUCGUCCGACAAUGAGACUGACGACGGGAAACUCAUCUUCCUCCCCGACAUUGAGAAGCACCUCAAGUCCCAUCGCAUCCCUCCAAACAUCCUCGCUUCCCCCUCGCCACAAGAGAUGGCCGAUAGACAACUUGUUUUGUACCGGGUACCUUCUUCUAUCACGGUACCAGAAGAGCAAGACAGCGUGCGCAAGGCUAUCAUCGAGGCGAGACAACGGAUGAGGGAGAAGCAGGAGGCUGAGAGGGCUCUGCCGCGAUGA